AUGCCUUUUUCUACCUCUGGCAACAACUUCCCUUUUCUACCUCUGGCAACACCUUCCCUUUUCUAUCUCUGGCAACACCUUCCAUUUUCUACCUCCUGCAACACCUUCCCUUUUCUACCUGUGGCAACACCUUCCCUUUUCUACCUCUGGCAACACUUUCCAUUUUCUACCUCCUGCAACACAUUCCCUUUUCUACCUCCUGCAACACCUUCCCUUUUCUAUCUCCAGCAACACGUUCCCUUUUCUAUCUCCGGCAACACCUUCCAUUUUCUACCUCUGGCAACACCUUCCAUUUUCUACCUCUGGCACCACUUUCCCUUUUCUCCCUCUGGCAACGUCUUCCAUUUUCUACCUCCGGCAACACCUUCCCUUUUCUAUCUCCGGCAACACCUUUCCUUUUCUAUCUCCGGCAACACCUUUCCUUUUCUAUCUCCGGCAACACCUUCCCUUUUCUACCUCCAGCAACACCUUCCCUUUGCUACCUCUGGCAACACCUUCCCUUUGCUACCUCCGGCAACACUUUCCAUUUUCUACCUCCUGCAACACGUUCCCUUUUCAACCUCUGGCAACACCUUCCCUUUUCUAUCUCCGGCAACACCUUCCCUUUUCUAUCUCCGGCAACACCUUUCCUUUUCUACCUCCAGCAACACCUUCCCUUUUCUACCUCUGGCAACACCUUCCCUUUUCUACCUCUGGCAACGUCUUCCCUUUUCUACCUCUGGCAACGUCUUCCCUUUUCUACCUCUGGCAACGUCUUCCCUUUUCUACCUCUGGCAACACCUUCCCUUUUCUACCUCUGGCAACACCUUUCCUUUUCUACCUCUGGCAACACCUUUCCUUUUCUACCUCUGGCAACACCUUCCCUUUUCUACCUCUGGCAACACCUUCCCUUUUCUACCUCUGGCAACACCUUCCCUUUUCUACCUCCGGCAACACCUUCCAUUUUCUACCUCCUGCAACACCUUCCCUUUUCUACUUCCGGCAACACCUUCCCAUUUCUACCUCCUGCAACACCUUCCAUUUUCUACCUCUGGCAGCACCUUCCCUUUUCUACCUCUGGCAACACCUUCCAUUUUCUACCUCCUGCAACACUUUCCAUUUUCUACCUCUGGCAACACCUUCUCUUUUCUACCUCUAGCAACACCUUCCAUUUUCUGCCUCUGGUAA